CAACUGCUAUAAAAUCCCCCCUCUAAAGAAUGGUUAGAAGACACAGAAACCUAUGAAUUCUUGAUAAAACCAAAGACAAGGGAAGAAACAGAAGAUCCCCUGAUUUCACUGUCCUUAUUCAGUUGCUAUUAAGCCCAAGAAAAGGGAAAAGGAACAAUGUUUUCCUUUUCAGACAUGCCAUCAACAACAGCUGUGCUGUCAACAUACACAACUUUUGCAGCAUCCGCAGUGCUGGUUCGGACCGUGAUCAGUGAAGUCCAAAAUGUCAGCAAUCAGCUUGUUCCAAAGGGACUCCAAGAGAAGAUCAUGUCCAAACUUGGAUUCCUGAUGGGAAAUCUCUCUUCCACUAUGUGCAUUGUCAUAGAUGAAACAAAUGGUUUCUCCAACAACGAGAUUUUUGAAGCAGCAGAGGUCUAUCUAAGGACAAGAAUCGACACCUCCGUCAGGCAGCUCAAAGUGUCGAAGGUGCCUCGAGAAAAGAAUCUCUCAGUCACAAUCAACAAGGGCGAGGAAAGCAUAGACAACUUUGACGGGAUGUUGCUCAAAUGGAAGUUCGUCUGCAUUGAAACUCAGAAGACUAAUUUGGACACUGAGAACAACUUCACCAAUGAAAUCGUGGAACGAAGAUCAUUUGAGCUGAGAUUCGACAAGAAGUUCAAGGACAAGGUACUAGAUUCCUACCUGCCGUUUGUGCUGGAGAGAUCAAAGGCUAUAAAGGAAGAGAAGAAAGUGGUAAGAAUCCAUGCACUCGGUUACUACGGGGAAGUGGAUGGAAGUUGGGGGCCUUGGGGCUCAGUCAAUCUUGAUCAUCCAUCCACUUUCGAUACGUUGGCAAUGGAUCCAACACUCAAGCAGGAGCUGAUAGAAGACUUGAACCGGUUUGUGAGGAGGCGGCAUUUCUACAAACGAGUGGGAAAGGCAUGGAAAAGGGGAUAUCUUCUGUAUGGACCUCCUGGAACAGGCAAAUCCAGCUUGGUUGCAGCCAUGGCUAAUUACCUGAAGUUCCACGUUUACGACUUGGAGCUUGCAAGCCUGCAUAGCAAUGCAGAGCUCAGAAGGCUGCUGGUAACAACCAAGAACCGAUCGAUCGUCGUGAUAGAGGAUAUAGACUGCAGCAUUGACCUAGAGAACAGAGAAGAUGGAGAUGAAUACAGUGCAAAUCCUAUGAUCAAGAAGAACCAGCUAACAUUAUCCGGAUUGCUGAACUUCAUUGAUGGGCUGUGGUCGAGCUGUGCUGACGAGAGGAUUAUCGUGCUAACAACAAAUCACAAAGACAGGUUAGAUCCUGCAUUGCUGAGGCCAGGGCGUAUGGACAUGCACAUUCACAUGUCAUAUUGCACGUUCAGUGGGUUCAAGAUUCUUGCAUCAAACUAUCUUGGGAUCAAGAGCCACUGGAGAUUCAAUGAGAUCGAGAGACUGAUGGAGGAGGUGGAGGUGACACCAGCUGAGGUUGCUGAGGAGAUGAUGAAGAGUGAAGAUGUGGAUGCUGUCAUGGAGAAAGUUGUCAAGUUUUUAUGCAAGAAAAGGAGUGAACGUGUUGGGAAAAGGGAUGGUGUGGAAGGAGGAGGAGGAGGAGGUGAGGAGAAAGUGAUUGGGAGGAAGAGGAAGGCAAGAAGCAGGAGAUGAACAAUGAAUUCCUACUACACAU